GGUGCUGUCAAUCAUCUCGAUCUAAAAGGUAGCGGUCAAGUUAAGGAGCAGCGGUCUUAUGAGCGGUGCUUCUUAACUUCCGUUUCAGGCUCGGGGGCUCUGAAGCAACAUGCACUGCUUAGUAAAUGGAGCCCUAAGUGUUAUUGCAUUGUCUUUUUAUCAUGCAUUUGAUGAUUAUGCACAUCUACUGUAUUUACUGGCCCUUUAACUAAAAGAAUUCAGCUAAAUGUGCUUUAAUAAAUAGUAUUGUAUCAGUGACCUUACCAUUCUUUUUUCCAUUUGCUAAAAAAUUACUUUUUCUACUUAAAAAAAAUAUUUUCCAAACUUGAAUAGUUGAAAGCUAUUUGGCUUUAUCCAUAUUAUUCAGUGCAUUAAAGCUGUUAUAGUCUCUUCCAAAUCCCUUUAAAGAGAUCACAUGUCAAUACAACAGAUUGCUAAGCUGAUUUAAUGAAAUGUCAUUGGACAUUAGAAACUACACUAACUAGAUUAUUUAGGAAAGGAUGUUUACAUUAGGCUAAAACAUCAUUUCUUGGCUUAGAUAACUAGGCCUUUUUGGAGUGGCAAACAGAGCCCAUUGAGCUCAAAAUGCGUUAGCAUUCAGGGCUAACCUUCCAUGUUUAUCAUUAGUUAAAGGGCCGUAAUAAUAAAAAUGACAUGCUCUAAUGUGUUAGAGAAUGUCAUUUUAAGACUAGCCACUCUGCUGUACUGUGUUUAACCCCUGCAAAUGGGUUAAAUACAUAGUAGAAGUACCGCUUGGGACCCGCAUCUGAGUCAUGCGACUAGUGCAGCAUUCUUCAUAAAAAGUUAUGUGUACAUUUUUUUAGCCUUUUUUUGCCCAACUAUGGUGGCUUUGUGAUUGUGAAUGCACCUGGUAGCAGUGGUUAUCUUCAAGUCUGUUCUUUUUUCUGAGUUCAUGAAAACAAUAGAUAGAAAUGAAAUAGCUUGCUUGUGUGUCGUUCACCUUAUCAGUAUUCCCUAUGAGAAUAGGGCAGCACAAUGUUUUAUCUCACCCCCGCACCUCUCUGCUCACCUUUCAGGACCUGUGCCUUAUGUAAGUGUGUACACGAGUUUCAGUGAGACAUAAUGCUGACUGCGAGAAAUUCCCAGAUUACAGGGUAUUAUAUCAAGAGACUUAAACAGGCUUAGAUAUGAGGAGUGUGAGAGACAAAGGCAUUACAGGGUGAUAAAGAGAGGGCAGACAGUGAGGUACCAAUACAAAGACUGUGUGUGAGAGAGAGACUGGGAAAGAAAGAAAAACAGAUACAAAUAAAAUACAGUGCGCUCAUAGAGAAAGUCCCCAGAAAGUGCAAAAAAACUGAGAGAGGCUGUAAGGAAGCAAAGACAUCAACAAUACUCAUCAUGUUCCUGGCUGGCCUGUUUGGCUGGAAUGACAGUGAAGGCUCUGUGGUGAAGUUAAAGCCCAGGAGUAGUGCCGAGCUGGUUACUGAGACGUUGAUGCUCGAGCUGAGCUCCCACAUUAAGCGAUCUGAGAGACAACAACGAGAGCGCAUGAUUGAGUAUCGGCGAGUAAAGAGUGGAGUAGAUUAUACAUGGCUGGCAUCCAUUCCUCGCCAAUCCUACGAACUCAGUCCUGGUGACCAACUGGAACUCAGUGAAGCCUGCUCCAAAAUCAGCCCCUCAGAGUGCGGCCCAGUCAUACUCCGAUUCCGUCGGCUUAUGCUAGAGUUUGAGCCAGAUGGUGCUGAGAUUCCUCGUCUCUUUCGCUCAGUGUUGCAGGACUUUGCUGCACAGGAAGAGGAGCAGCGUCGGAAGGUCCUGGAAGGGCGAUGGGAUAAAAGACGUAGAGCUAAGAGUCUAGCAACCUUCACAUUUAAGCCACUUCGUGUACGUGUCAAUCCCUUUCAGUUGGAAGACACAUAUGACUCAGACACAGAAAGUGAGCUUGCUGCAUCUGGAAGAGCAAGGAGCAAAAGCUUGCCAGAAUUUAGUACCACGAGAGAGGUCCAGUGAGGAAGGUUACUACAUAAUCAGACUGCUCUCAGGACACACUCUUCCAGCUCCUCCAACAUCACAAGAAGCUUCUGAGUGAAGAGAUAUGUUGUGCACAAUUUCUUCCUAAUUGGCAUAAAAGCUGUUCACAACACAAAUAAUAAAUAUACUGUAUACACAGGCUCGUCAUUGUAUGGAAAAUGUAAACUCUACUGUUCUAUUUGACAGGUCUUCUCCAAUGCCCAUAAAACAUCUACAAUGAAUAAAUGUUUCUCCUAUUUUACCAGUAUAGACAAAGAUUCAAUGCCACCUCCAGCAUUCAAAUACACAAUUCCUUCCAGUCUAUGAUCUCUUUAAAACCCCCACUGAAGCUACUGAUUUAUAAUUAUGCAUCAGAAAGAACGUCCUGAAAGCUUUUUAUUACAGUCUGUUAACUCAGCACUGACCUAUGCUCUAUGCAUGAUCUAACCAGUGUCUAGUAGGGUUGGGGUGUGGCUAGGCAUGAUGACACAGCAGCAGGGAGGGGUCAUUUUCACCAUCGUCUU